CGCCACCACCUCGGGGGCAGUGUUGAUCGGCACCGCCCAGAUCUCAUACCCUGUUCCGCCGCUUCGACGGAGAUGGGGCUCGACGCCUUUGCGGCCGUGUGCUGUGCAAUUCCCGUACUCGUGUCCUUACUCGCCGUCCGUGUGGCUUACGUGCUUUGGCGCAGCGGCCUGCCGCCGAAGCCUCACGCUGCUGGGCUGCGGUGUCUCAUCGUCCUCGGGUCUGGAGGGCAUACUGCAGAAAUGAUGAAUAUUAUAUCUGAGCUUCAGAAGGAUAGGUUUACGCCCAGGUACUAUGUGGCUGCACUUACUGACAACAUGAGCCUUCCAAAGGCCCAGGUCUACGAGUGGUCACUGAUUCCGGCACAGGGCGGGAGAGAGAAGAUCAUCGAGAACGGUCAGUUCACACAGAUAUAUCGUAGCCGUGAAGUAGGCCAAUCUUACGUUACUUCCAUUGCAACAACAUUGCUUGCUGUUCUGCAUGCUAUGUGGAUAGUAACAAGAAUCAGACCACAAGUGAUAUUCUGCAAUGGUCCUGGGACAUGCAUUCCUCUAUGUGCCUCAGCUUUCCUUCUGAAGGUGCUUGGUUUGGGAUGGUCCUCCAUUUUCUAUAUCGAAAGUAUUGCAAGGGUGAAGAAGCUUUCCUUAAGUGGUUUACUGUUGUACAAGCUACGGUUAGCGGACCAGUUUUUUGUGCAGUGGCCCCAGCUGCAGCAGAAAUACCCUAGAGCACAGUAUGCUGGCCGUUUGAUGUGAAGAUUCACCCUCCCUUCAGCGAUAUUGUGGCAGUCGGUUGCUCUUCGCAAGGUUUUGAACGUGCUGAUGAUAUAUGUAACAACUCGAGAAAUAUAGGUGUAGUGGAAUGAUACUUGGCGCACCCUUUUGCCAGCUUUCUUUUCUUUCAUUUUAUACCAGCUUUCCUGAGAAGCAUUUCAAAAAUUCUUGCAACACGGACUUUUGCUUUGGGAAUAUCAUGCCCCCUCUGAAAUAUACCCUGUAACUUUGCAAGGUUAAGUGUAAAACUCUUGUGUGAGUUUGAGCAGCACUGUGUUAUCAAGCAUUCAAGUGUGCUGUUUGUUCUU